AUGCCAAUAUACUCUAAUAUUGCCUCGACACUUGCUCGUCAGGGCCCUAAAACUUUCAGCUAUGGAUACGCCCAAUCCUUAGUUGCGGCGACGCAUCCGCAAGUAUUUGCGUCCCAAAAUAGGCCUGGAUUCGGGCUUUAUCGAACGAAUAAAGUUGGUACCCUUCCAACAUAUCAUUUCCAGAAUGCAUUUAAAAAUAGCGCACAAUCUUCUAGCAAUGUAAAGGUGCGCAGCAAUAAAGGGGAUGCCGGUCUUGAUGCAUACUAUGAAGCCUGGAGGAAGUCACACAUAGCUGGCGAGCCUGAAAAAGAAUGGACUCAAUUUCAAUUUUCGAAGCGCAUCGAGUGGAACCCAAAUAGCAAAGAUGACGAUCUUGACACUCAAAAUUGUGAAGUUUUCAUUCCUUCGGCACUACCUAAGACUGAGAGAUCAUACAGCAUGAGUGCCAUAGAUGAUUACCAUACUCACAAAUAUUCUGCAAGUGAAGUCGUAGCUCUAGCUGAAAUUGAUGCUGCUCUAGAGAAAGAAAUAAAAGAUCGUAAUGAACAGGCAUUAGAAGAAGUCAAGCCCAGUGGGAAUAUAGAUCAAGGUACUACUUUAUACUUAAACAAUUCUUCGGGCACAUCGUAUCAUCAAGAUGGCCACGAGAAACUAGAUUUAUCGAGUCACGAGUCUGUCACCGUCUCACUAUCCGAGACACAUGCCGAUUAUCUCUCACAUCUUUCUAGGGAGCAACGAUAUUCAGAGAUACCCGCCGAAUUUGAAUCUUUAUUGAUCGCUGGUAUCCAACCUACAGCCCCUGCGUAUAACGCACUACUAGAAGCGGCUAUUCAUCUUUCAGUCGAGAGGAUUCAUGUUGUUCCCAAAGCGCUUGAUAUCUACUCAGAUAUGCUCAAGCGAAAGGUAUCGCCGGAUAAUGCGACAUAUGAUAUUCUGCUCAAACUAUUAUGCACUAGAUAUCUAGAGGUAUCCUCGUCAAAAGAAGUAUUGGAGGGAAAAAGAUUACGAUUUGGAGGUAUAGACGAACAAGGUAAGUUUAUGUUUGUCUCAAGUGAACUAGAAUAUGCCAUACUGGAUGAAGAGGAUAGAAUUGACCUGAUUAUCCGAAUUUAUGAGGCAUCUACCUUAUGUCACAGAGAAUAUUCAUACUCUUCACAUACAUAUCACAAACUAAUUGCAGCUUGCUCUAUCGCCGGUCGCGUACCUCAAAUGAACAAAAUUAUCGAAAGAAUGAAGAAUGAAAAUGUAAUGCCACUAGCAGCCACUUUCCCCUUUAUGAUCAGCGGCUUCUCAAAUCUUGGCGACCUCAGCAACGCUGUAAAAUGCUACAACAUGUACAAGAAUAUGGCUAUCGAUCACGAUAAAGGUCUCAUCAAUUUACCUAAUCGUGAAGACGGAGUAAUUUACGCAUCAUUAGUAAAGGCAUAUGUAAAAUCUGAUCGUUUGGAGGGUGCUUUAAAAUUUUACGAAAAAAUAAGAAGAUCCAAUCCAUCAAAUGAUGUUAGUCUUCCAGAACUGAUUGUGUCAGAGGGUAUUAUCCGAGGACUUAUUGAGUCUGGAUCAUUUUCUAAAGCUCUAAAUUGGGCGGAAACACUCACGACUUCUUUGAGAGCUACGUCAAUGUCUCGGAUUGCAACCGCGGCUGCUGAUGCUGGAGAUAAAAAUACCGCUUCAAUAGCCUAUUCACAUAUCGAUAAAUGCCUUUCUGAUAUUUCUCUACCUACUAUGGCUUUACUCGCAUUGUAUAUACGCGACGGCGAUAUAAUAACUGCACUUCACUACUGGCACAUCCUUACCAACUUAAACUUAAGUAUAGACUCAUCUUACAUAGAGCCAACUGCAAUGUUUGCCGUUGCUAUGAUCGGCUCUGGUCGAGUCCUCGAAGGACUCUCAGCAGCACAAGAAAUGUUUGCUCGUAUUAAGACUUUUUCUAUAGAUAGGUCAGGCCACCUUAGUGACGAGGUAAGCGAAGGCAUAGACUUCGUCCACCAAUUCAUGUCUGCUCGUGGCAUACUAGAUCCUUCACUUGGAUUAUCGGAGCUGUGCGAAUACAAAAAAACUAGUCGUGAAUUUUAUCACGUAGUAUCCAGUCAGCAGGAACUUAUUGAUCCAUACUCUGCUUCCACAGAUUUUAAAGGAUCAGCAAUUAUCUCCGACGAGCUUAAAAGAAUUAACGGGCGUGGAAAAUAUUCAGGAUUUAACGAUUCACUUCGUCGACUCCAGAACAUGCGGCAUGCAGGACGACAUCCGCGAUAUAUCGUGUACGCCAAGCUUAUUGCUGCUGCUGCCCGCGAAAAAGGGAUGGAUGUAGCACAUCAAAUAUUAGAUAUGGCCCGUGCUGACAUACCAAUAUUGUACCAGUAUCCAAUGGUUCGGUAUGGCUGGGUAUCAAUUUUAGAUGCUAUGGUUGGUGCAUGUCUCACUCUCGGCAACAGAGGACUUGCAGAACAGUUUCACGAUGAGCUUUUGUCGAUUGGAGCCUCACCCACGGCUAAUACAUUCGGACUCUAUAUUACAACACUAAAAAACUCUGCUAAAACAUUGGACGAAGCAGCUGACGCUAUCAACAUUUUCAAUCGUGCAAAGAGUGAAGGAGUGCAGCCUUCGUCAUUUUUGUACAAUGCUCUCAUCGGCAAACUGGGAAAAGCGCGGCGAAUUGACGAUUGCCUUUACUACUUUUCUGAAAUGCGUGAACUCGGCAUCCAUCCCACAAGUGUCACAUACGGAACAAUUGUUAACGCUUUAUGUCGUGUCAGUGAUCAAAAGAAUGCCGAAAAACUUUUUGAAGAGAUGGAAUCUAUGCCAAAUUAUAAGGCUCGUCCGGCUCCCUACAACAGUCUAAUGCAGUUCUUUCUAACCACAAAACGUGAAAAAAGUCGGGUUCUCUAUUACUAUGAGCGAAUGAAAAGUAGGGGGAUCAAACCGACAAAUCACACAUACAAACUUUUAGUUGAUACUCAUGCAACUCUUGAGCCUAUAAACAUUCCUGCUGCCGAGGCUGUCCUUGAUGUCAUUCGGAGCACUGGUCAGCAACCAGAAGCUAUUCAUUACUCAUCACUUAUUCACGCUAAAGGAUGUGUCGUUCAUGAUCUCGAUGGUGCAAAAGAUAUAUUUGACUCUGUGAUGUCUGACCCCUCCAUCACCCCUCAGGCAUGUCUUUAUCAAUCUCUUUUCGAGGCCAUGGUUGCCAGUGAAUGUGUUCAUGAAACUGAGCAAAUACUUCUUGAAAUGCCUAACCAAAAUGUUGAAAUUACACCAUAUAUCGCUAACACUCUGAUUCACGGCUGGGCAAAUGAAAGGAACAUUGAGAAAGCAAAACAGAUCUUUGAAAUGAUAGAGCGCGAAAAAAGAGAGCCCAGCACCUACGAAGCUAUGACCCGAGCCUACCUUGAUGUCCAGGAUCGUCCUAGCGCUAUAAAAGUUGUUCAAGAAAUGCAGAGUAGACAUUAUCCCUAUGCGGUUACCAGCAAAAUAUCAGAACUUCUGAUGGGUAGUCAUUCUGAAAACAUUAUUUAG